CACGGGCACGUGCCAGCGACGCCCAAAUCAUAAUGGCGACCGUGACAAGCACGAUCGUAUAACCGAACUUGAACAUGUACUCGAGCCCUGCGUCACCCUGUAAAGAGCAUGAAAACGUUCGACAUUAGCCGCCAUCUAUUGGUGUGGUCACUGAUGUGACGCUUCUUACUGCAAAUUUCUUGUGACUGGAUGCGUGUGCGUGUGUGCGUGGUAGAGAGAGAAAGAAAGAGAGCGCGCAGAAACAUCAACCAUUUUACAUCAGUAACGGGCGCAUUACGUCCGGAUAACUUGCACAGCCGUAGUGGCGCAGGACCGAACGACACCUAUCGACAAUGUCAUCGACAAGCGCACCAGAAGAAUCGACCGGAAUUCUCGACCUUCCAGAGGAGAUUUUGCGGAAGAUAGGUGGCUAUCUGCCACUUAAGGAUCGCAAAUCGCUAAGCACGGUGUGCCGGCAGUUGAAGGAUACGGUCAUGAUGGAGAAAGGGAUACUUUGGUUAAAUAGCAUACGCAAUGCUAUAACACGGUUUGGCGAACGCUGCACCGUGGAAGAGAUGAUAGAGCUGAAUGUCCUGCAGCAGUCUAACCGGGUUUACCGAGCUAUUGGAAUCGUUGCUGGGCCCAAUAUGGAGCCCAGUGUGGUUAAAGAGCUGAAGAAACGCGUGACGGCGAUCAUGGCAAAAACGCCCAGCAUAAAGGAGCUGCAUGUGCAUGACACGCAUGAGCUGCAAAUAUUCCAGCUAGCGCUGCGUAUGCCAUUACUGUUUGCCCAACUCGAGCGGCUUGUAGUGCUGGUGCAAGGCGAGGUGUUUGCAGAAACCCAAACGAAAACCGGGGUGAUGCAAAUGCCGAAUUUGAAAUACCUGGAGUGGCAUGAGCAAAUUGGCAAUAGGUACAUCCCACAGGCCGCAUUGAAACUGUACGCCCCAAAGCUGCAGCACGUAUGGUUGGGAAAGCCGCGUAACUUAUGGCUGCAGUCCCCGUUCUAUCGGUGCCUGGCACAGAUAGAAACGGUCGACACAUUGCGGUACUUGCACACGAAGGCUAGUGAUCAAAUUUUCGAUCUGCUGUCCGGUAAUCCGUUGCCAAACUUGGCAUACCUGUGCCUGCACAUUGACGAUCGUACGGUGUACAUCAGUAACCCGGAUUGGGACCGUAUCGCUCGCAAUCUGAGUGGAUUGAGGCAGCUAAAGCUGUUCCAAUAUCCUGGCAAUGGGCCGGAGCCGGAGCUACUCCGCGCUUUCCUGCAGCGCUGCUCCACGCUGAACGCGUUGUGGCUCGAACGGGUCGACAUCACGGCCGUGAUGGUGCGCGCUUCCCUGUGGCAGCGGAUCGAGGAUCUGCAUAUACAUCAAUGCCGCGCGAUGGUUGCAGUCGACCAGCGGGUAGAGGUUAAGCUGGGCAACGUGCGCAAACUUUGCCUAUCCCUGAACGAGGUGAUAGGCACGCUGGUGCUGGCGAUACCGAACGUGCGUGAGCUAUCCUUCUCCAACUGCAACGGGCGGCUGGAGUUUGGGGACGUGCCCGAGCUGGAAACGCUCUUCCUGCGUGUACCGCAGCCCGUGCCGUUGCGCUUUCUGCAGCAACCGCUGCCCAAGCUGCGCACCUUGAUCAUCGACACGCCGCAGCUGCUGUCCGAGCAGGUGGUGAACAUUUACCAGGACGCGAUCGAUGCGGCUUCAGCGGUUCAGAAUCUGGUGCUGAUUUGCCGCAACAUGGACGUGGCAAGAUAUUUGUUUUGGGAUGUUGAAGGAACGCUAGCAGCGGUCAAAAGCCUCAAGAUCAUCGGUUACGACAACUUGUCGAAGAUCCCGGCGAAAACGCUGCGCAAGCUGUUUAAGUUGCCGCAGCUUCAGUCCAUGCUGCUGGUCAACCUGCAGGUUGUUGGCGAAAUGCGAUUAGGCAUAUCAGUGCCGCCGAACCUGGUGCAGUUGAACACACGAUCGCUCGGUAUGGCAUGGAAUUCGAAAUUUCUGGCCACCAGCCGAAACGCCAGCUACGAAAGACUGGGGAUCCCCGACGAGCAGCGAUUGCUGCAUAAGAAAUGCAUUAACAUGAAUGCGCACAAGAUUCCAUCGUUUGACGAGCUGUUGAAGCGGAACUGUAUAUGCUUCGAGGAAAUUGCUGCAGUGCUGCACAUGGCUUAAGCAGCGUUGCCCAACACCAGCACAAAAGCCAAGACCAAUCCAUCGCGUCUCGCGGAAGGUGCUGGUGAGCGAUGCUGGUGAGUAGCUGUAACUGACCAUUUUUUUCUUCUUGGCGCUUACUAUUCGUUUUGCUUUAUAGCGCCACGAUGUAGUGAGUGCCAUUCGCAAAGGAUCCAAAUUAAAUUUGUUCGCUCGAUUGCUUCAUGUCCGCAACGAGCACCCAUGGUACGUCCGCCAUUACCAUCUAGAGACUGACCAAAUGCCAUAUACAUUCUACCGUAAAGGGUUUUGGGGCUGUAAAAAUGCAACGUCCGUGAUAUAUCCCUGGCCCGGCUGUGACGAAGAGCGGCAAACGAUUUAAGUUGAUAGGCUAAUAGGCAACCCCCAUCCCUGCCCUUGAUAUCGUACGGCGGAUGUCACAGUGGACGCGCACCACCAGGUACCAGGUACUCUGUUUGUGUUUGUGUUCAUUAAAUUCUGCCUCAGGAUUGCUCUAGCCACCACCUUCAUCAUCAUCAUAACGACAUCCCUGGUGCGAUCGUUAGUUGCUAGUAGUUUUACGACUACGACGACGUUCUAGCGGGUUACGGGGAAGAUGAUGAGCCGCCAUUACGCUUUUACCAUCAUAGCACCAGGGCCACUGGGAUAAUAGGAUCAUUGACAACACUAUUAAAUUUGCAGCUUUGUUCUUUCGCUUUCAUAAACAAUUUCUCUUAGUUCCUAGUGCAAAUAUUUAUAACAUUAAAGCUUUAAGGUAUGGGUGGAUUGUAGAGAGAGAGAGGGAGUUAGAGCGGGCAAGAGAGGGAGAACGGGAGGGAGAGAGAGAGAGGGAAAGAGAGAGAGAGGGAGAGAGAGUGUGAUAGAAAGAGAGCGAACACUAAUCAGCAAUGCUUGUAAGGUUUAGGAGCCGCAGAAGAAAGCAGUUGAUUUUACUGUAAUCCUGUUACGAAUAUUCACAUACACACACACACACACGUUCCUGAAAGGUCGUGAUAUAGAUCCACAUUGUCAAACCUUUGCUCAAAUUGUAUGUGGCUUACCAUUUCAAAAAAGAAAACUAUGUAAUUGAAUGAUAUUAAAUAUUGACACUUAAAAUUUGAAGUUUGAAAUUUGCUAGGAAGGCUGCCGGAGGAAGGAUAGAAUAAUGUAAUUAACUGUUGCAGUCUUUGCAAUCAUAAUUCAAGAAGAGUUGGCUGUGAAGAUAACAACUGCCAAAGCAAGCUGAACAGACUUCAACUGAUUGACUGAUUGACAAUAAGUUUUCUACAUAGAAGUAACACAAAAAAAAAAACACUGCCAAACCAUGUGCUGUGCCAAAGACGUGUAAAACGCGACGGAAAAAAAACUUCAUCAUUAUUUUUAA